UGACGACGGUCCAAUUCCAAUCUUAGCCGGACGCCCGCCCGCCCGCCCGCCCCGGACCGGAGGCAGCAGCGACGCCGGCCAUGCUCUCCGCCGCCGCCGCCGCCGCCGUCAUACCCAAGCUCCGCUUCGCGACGCGGCCGCAGCUGAGGCGGCCGGCGGCUAGGACUUACUGGCCGCGGCCGCUCUCCUCCUCUAGCCACGUAACGCCCGCGGCGGCGGGGGCGGGGGAGCUGGAGCCGCCGGACCUCACCCGCUUAGCCAACGCCGCGCGCAUCUCGCUCUCCCCGCAGGAGGCCGAGGACUUCGAGCCCAAGAUUCGGCAGGUCGUGGAUUGGUUUGGGCAACUUCAGGCAGUAGAUCUUGAGUCCAUUGAGCCUUCACUUAGAGCUGGUACAACAGCUGAUAGUUCUUUGAGAGAAGAUAAACCUGAAACAUUCGAUAACAGAGAUGCCAUAGUGGAGGCCAUUCCAAGUUAUGAUGAUCCAUAUAUCAAAGUGCCAAGAGUGCUGAACAAAGAAUAAUCUGCUGCCUGUAUAUCAAAAUUGUUAGAAUAUUAAAACUCUGCGCCAUUUGUACAAUGCAGCAUGGUUAAACAUAAUGAUAAAAUCUGCAAAAAGAUUGAACGAGCCAUCAGCAAGCUGAAUUUUGAUUUUGCGUAUUUCAAUUUGAUAAUGCUGUGAUUGAACAGAGCAAUCAGCAACCUUGACACAGCAAUUCUUGUUGCUGUCCUCUGCUCUGGAGCAAGCUAUCAUGGGUAUUGGAUGAGAUGGAACAAUCGAGUAGAGCAGGCAUCGAUGAGUAUAUCGGAUUUGACUCAGAAUUUCCAGCGGAUUUGAUUCAGAAUGGCUAGGUUGGAUGUCUGUAAGAUUGAGUUGGUUGUUCCCUUUAUUUAGCGAGGAUUUGUGGGCUUGUGGCUGUUUUGUAAUCCGUACUGAGCUUGAACCUUUCUUCUCCCCCUUAAUACAAAACAUGUCGUUUUGUAACUA